AUGCAAAACCAAGAUCAGGAUGACGCAUAUUUAAGAGAUAGGAUGGUGCAGAUCUGUAAUGCAGAGGCAGAGAUUAAAACUCGCCAAAAUUUAUUUGAGAAAGCACUAUACAACUUCUCGGAAGCAGUGGAUAAGCUCAAAAACCCCCUCACGGAAGAGGAACACAUCACCAGAGCACAGGAAAUAAUCGCUCAAACUGAGGAGUUGCUCAUCAAGCUGGGAAUCAAGAAGCAGCAGUUAUCAAGUACACUGGAACGCACCCAUUUCGGUAAACUUGGGUCACCUCCAGGAAAUUCAAUAAGUCCCGUCAUAGGAAUAGAGCUCCCACAACUUCCGCUUCCAAAAUUCAGCGGCAAAGUCUGGCAGUGGGACAGUUUCUGGGAAUUGUUUAAUGGAACAGUGCAUACACUCCCAAUUUCCAAUUUACAGAAAUUCAACUAUCUUCGGGAAUCACUCAAGGGAGAAGCACGCGACUCCAUAUCCCGAUUUCAAGUGACAUCCGCGAACUAUAACCUAGCGGUAGCGCAUUUGAAGGAAAAGUAUGGGAACGUUCAGAACAUUGUAACCAACCUUCAUCAACAGCUGGAACAGUGGAGUGCAAGAAGCUCAUAUCUCAAGGAUCAGCGCAAGCUCUUUGAUCAACUGUCGGCAAUCACAGCGCAGUUGGAGAGCAAGGGCGGAAACUUAGAAAGCCCAUGGCUGUUAUCAAAACUACUGUGCAAGUUCACAGUGACAAUUCAGAGGAGAACUCUUAGAGGAAAGAUCUUCUUGCUUCAACAAGAGACAUGGACAUUGAAGAAACGUGUGACAACCUUGGACAAGGUCAUAAAACAGGAAGAAGAAAUCGAACAGUCCAUGCCGAAAAGAAGGGAGAAUCCCCCCGAAACAACAGAAACCUCAAAAGGCACAGCAGGAAUGAGAAAAAAGCGCACAACUUUCUGCUUUUAUUGCGACAGCCAAGAGCAUAGGUCAACUGAAUCACAAAAAUAG